GUAUGUUCAAUGUUGUUAAGUCAUAUUAGUAUUAUCGUUUGCCUCUUAGAUAUUUCUGUCUUAUGAAGUUAAAAAAUAAUUAUUUUUUUUAGAUAUUUUCAUUGUUUAUUAUAUAAAAACUAUAUUAAAUUUACUAAAUCAUUAUGUUUAUUGAUUAAUGAUAAAACAUUGUUUAAUACUCUUGCUCUUCUUUAGCUAUGAAGGUGACAUAUGCCUGGUGGACAUAUUUAUAUUUAGUUUUCGAAACUGGGAUUUUAUGUUACACAAAACAGGAAAAACUACAAAAUGGAUCAUUUUGCUCAGAAACCUCUGAGGAUUCUUUUAGUUGUUCAAAUGGACAGUGUAUCAUAUGGUCAUCAGUUUGCGACGGUCGAGAGAAUUGCGCAGAUGGUUCUGACGAAAAUAAAGAGUUGUGUGAUCGAGAGGAGUUUGAAAAAAUAUAUAAUAAGAGAGAGUGUGGUAGAGUAUAUAUUACUGACCAUGCAGUAUCGACCAUCAAUAGUAAGAAAGCAAUUGUUGGAACAGCACCUUGGAAUGUUGGAAUAUAUCAAUUAAACAAACAUACUGCAAUGUAUACAUUGAUAUGUGGAGGAUCAAUUAUUGCUCCGAAUCUAAUCGUCUCUGUGGCUCAUUGUUUUUGGCAAAAAAAAUUAUUAUCCAAGGAAAUAUCUAUAAAUGGAGAUUCAUAUAAAGUUGCUGUUGGAAAAUAUGAUAAAAAUUUCACUGUACUUGACAAUGAAUUUACUCAAAUAAUAAAUGUAGAAAUUAUUUACUUAAAUGAAAAUUACUCUGGGGCUUAUGAAUAUGCUCAUGAUAUAGCUAUUAUUGUGUUAUCGAAAAGAGUUUCUUUUAGUAACGUUGUUGCCCCUGUUUGUAUUGAUUGGAAUGGUAAAUAUAAUGUAUCAAAUGGAGAUAAAGGAAAGGUUGUUGGUUGGGGAAAAAUGGAAGAUGGUACACGUAUUCCCGUUUUAUUAGAAUCAUCUUUACCAUACAUUGACCAUAGAACUUGCCAAAAUAUGUAUACAAAAGAUUUUAAAGUAUUAGUGACUUUUGAUAAGUUUUGUGCUGGUUCAAUAUUGGGAAAAGAACCUACGGCGGCUAUUAGAGGUGCAGGCUUAACCUUUGUACACUCUAAUUCUUCUUAUUUAACUGGAGUAGCAAAUAUAAAGGACCCAAUCUCAAAUAAUUCAAUCACAGUUUUUAUAGAUAUUCGUCAUCACGUUGAUUGGAUUCGUAAGCUGUAUAUAAAAUAUUAUAACCAUGAUAUACAGUUUUGCAUUUUGCCAACCGUUGAAGGAGUAAUAUAUUCUUAUUAUGGUUCCAAUGAAACUGUAACUAACGGGACAUUAAUUAAUCAAAAUCGUAUCGUUAUUGAGAAUUGUGAUGUUGGUUAUCAUAAGGCUUACCCCAAUAGUUUUAGGGUUUGUCAGGGAAAUGGAAAAUGGAUAUCAACAUCCGAUAAAUUGUGUUUUAAAAUGUGCCCUCCACUGUUAUCAGACAGUUUAGAUAUUAAAUGUACUCUGAAUGGUAAGUUUGCUAAUUGUUCAAAUCUAUCAAUACCCGAUACAAUAGCUAUCCCGUCAUGUAAACCAACAUACAUUGCACCGAUUGGAUUAGAAGAAAUUCCGUUUGAAUUACAUUGUCAGUCUGAUGGAAAGUGGAAUAAUCAACUAUAUAAAUGCAAUCCAUACUGUGGUAGAGUAUAUACUAAUAGCCAAAUAUUGAUUGCCAAUGGUAAGAAAGCACUUGUUGGAACAGCGCCAUGGAAUGUUGGAAUAUAUCGAUUAAAAAAAGAGAAUAUAAAUUAUGACUUAAUAUGUGGAGGAUCAAUAAUUGCUCCAAAUUUAAUUAUUUCUGCGGCUCAUUGUUUUUGGCAUACAAAAUUAUUUUCUAACAAUAUAUCAAUAAACAAUGAUUCCUAUAAGGUCGCCGUUGGAAAACAUGAUAGAAAUUUCACAGUAGUUGACAAUGAUUUAACUCAAAUAAUUAAUGUUGCAACUGUUUACGUAUAUGAAUAUUACAGGGGUUAUCUUAAUUUCUAUGAUCACGAUAUAGCUGUUAUCGUGUUAUCAAAAAAGAUUUCUUUUAGUAGUGGAGUUUCACCUGUUUGUAUCGAUUGGAAUGCUAAAUACACUGUAUUGAAUGGAGAUCAAGGAAAGGUUGUUGGUUGGGGAAGUACAGAAAACCUAACAUAUAGCCCUGUUUUAUUAGAGUCAUCAUUACCAUAUAUCGACCAUAAUUCUUGUCGAGAUAUGCAUACAAAAGGAUUUCAAGGAUAUGUGACGCUUAAUAAGUUUUGUGCCGGUUCAAAAUCGGUUUUAGUAGGAGUUGGUAAGGGUUAUGGCGGCGCCGGUAUAUCCUUUGUACAUUCUAAUUCUUAUUAUUUAACUGGAGUAGUAAAUGUAAAGAAUCCAAUCUCAAAAUAUUCAAUAACAGUUUUUAUAGAUAUUCAGCAUUAUAUUUAUUGGAUUCGUCAACUGUAUAUUAAAUAUUCGAACCCGGAUAUUAUACAAUUUUGUAUUUUACCAAAAAUUGAAGGAGUUGUAUAUUCAUACAAAAGUUCAAAUGAAGUUUUAGCUUACGGGACAUUAAUUGAUCAGCAGCGUACCGUUAUUGAGAACUGUGAUGUUGGAUAUCAUAAGGCAUAUCUCAAUGGUUUUAGGGUUUGUCAGGGAAAUGGAAAAUGGAUAUCAACAUCCGAUAAAUUGUGUUUUAAAAUGUGCCCUCCUCUGUUAUCAGACAGUUUAGAUAUUAAAUGUACUCUCAAUGGUAAGUUUGCAAAUUGUACAAAUGAAUCGAUACCUGAUACAAUAGCCACCCUAUCAUGUAAAACAACACAUAUUGCACCAAUUGGAAUAGAAGAUUUUCCGUUUGAAUUACAUUGUCGGUCUAAUGGAACGUGGAAUAAUCAACUAUAUGAAUGCACUCCAUAUUGUGGUAAAGUAAAUACUAAUAGCCAAAUAUUGAUGGCCAAUGGUAAGAAAACAUUUGUUGGAACAGCGCCGUGGAAUGUUGGAAUAUAUCGAUUUAAUAAAAAGAACAUGAAUUAUGACUUGAUAUGUGGAGGAUCAAUAAUUGCUCCAAAUUUAGUAGUUUCUGCGGCUCAUUGUUUUUGGUACAAAACGAUAUUAUCUAAGGAAAUAUCAAUAAACGAUGAUUCCUAUAAAGUGGCCGUUGGAAAAUAUGAUAGAAAUCUCACAGUAGUUGACAAUGAUUUUACUCAAACAAUAAAUGUGGAAAUAAUUUACUUAAAUGAAGAUUAUAAUGGACAUAACGGUUUCUAUGCUUAUGAUAUAGCUGUUAUCGUUUUAUCAAAAAUGGUACCUUAUAGUAAUGUUGUUGCACCUAUUUGUAUUGACUGGCAUGGUAGACACAAGGUACUAAAUGGAGUUGAAGGAAAGAUUGUUGGUUGGGGAAAUACGGAAAAUGGUAUAUUAAGUCCCGUUCUAUUGGAAACUUAUUUACCAUACAUCGACCAUAACUCUUGUCAAGAUAUGUAUACAAAUGAAUUUCAAAUGUUUGUGACUUCUGAUAAGUUUUGUGCUGGUUCUGCAACGGAACAUAGUCCCACUGUGGAUUUUAGUGGUGCAGGAAUAUCCUUUAACCACUCAAAUCAAUUUUAUUUAACUGGAGUAACAAGUGUCAAGAGUUCAAGCACAAAUAGUUCAAUAAAAGUUUUUACAGGUAUUACAAAUAACAUUAUGUGGAUUCGUGAUAUUUAUGUUAAAUAUAGAAGCAAUUAUAAAUUUUGCAUUUUACCAAACAUUGAAGGAGUUAUAUAUUCUUAUGAAGGUUCAAAUAACACUAUAGCCUACGGAACAAUUAUUCUGCAGAAUUAUAUCAUUAUUGAAAACUGUGAUGUUGGAUAUUAUAAGACUUACCCCAAUAGUUUUAAGUUUUGUCAGAAAAAUGGAAAAUGGCUAUCAAGUUCCGAGAAAUUAUGUUUAAAAAUGUGUCCGCCUUUAUCAUCAGAUAGUUUAAAUUUUGAAUGCAGUCUAAAUGACAAGUUUACUAAUUGUUCAAAACCGUCGAUACCUGAAACAAAAGCUAUACAAUCAUGUGAACCAACACAUAUAUUACCAAAUGGGCAUAAUGAAUCUGCUACUGAAUUACUUUGUCAAUCUAAUGGAACAUGGAAUAAUCAACUACAUGAAUGCAUUCCAUUUUGCGGUAGUGUAUAUUAUACUACUAGCCAUCCAUUACCGACCAUCAAUGCUAAGAAACAACUUUUUGGAACAACCCCUUGGAAUGUUAGAAUAUAUCGAUUAAAUAAAGAUCAUAAUAUUAAUUAUGACUUGAUAUGUGGAGGAUCAAUAAUUGCUCCAAAAUUAGUCAUAACAGCGGCUCAUUGUUUUUGGAACACAGGGAUCUUAACAAAUAAUAUAUCAAUAACCGAUGAUUCAUAUAAAGUUGCUAUUAGUGAAUAUGACAGAAAUUUCACAAUUGAUGAUAAUGACUUUACUCUAAUGAUGAAUGUUAAAACUAUUUACUUACAAGAAGAUUACCAUGACUUUUUUUAUUCUCAUGAUUUAGCUAUUAUUGUAUUAUCGAAUGAAAUUUCUUUUAGUAAUAGUGUUGUACCUGUUUGUGUCGAUUGGAAUUCUAAAUACCGUGUAUUGGACGGAGAUAAAGGAAAGGUUGUUGGUUGGGAAGGCACUGAAGAAAACAAACGUAGUAAUGUUUUAAUAGAAGCAUCUUUAACAUACAUAGACAAAUAUUUAUGUGAAAGUUUUUAUAAAGACAUAUUUAAACCGUUUGACACUGAAUCUAAGUUUUGUGGCAGUACUACAUUAGAACAAAAACCUACUGUGAAUUUUAGUGGUGCAGGAUUAACCUUUGUACACUCUAAUUAUUUUUAUUUAAAGGGAGUAACAAGUGUCAAGAAAUCAAACACAAAUAGUUCAAUAAUAGUUUUUACAGAUAUUUAUCAACACGUUAAAUGGAUUCGUAAGAUUUAUGAUAAAUAUAGAAGAACCGAUAUUACAUUUUGCAUUUUACCAACUGUUGAAGGAGUUAUAUAUUCUUACAAAGAUACAAAUGAGACUAUAGCCAACGGAACAAUUGUUGUUCAGAAUCGAACCGUUAUUGAAAACUGUGAUGUUGGAUAUUAUAAGGCUUACCCUAGCGCUUUUAAAUUUUGUCAGAAAAAUGGAAAAUGGCUAACAAGUUCCGAGAAAUUAUGUUUAAAAAUGUGUCCGCCUUUAUCAUCGGAUAGUUUAGAUUUUGAAUGCAGUCUAAAUGACAAGUUUACUAAUUGUUCAAAACCGUCGAUACCUGAAACAAAAGCCAUACAAUCAUGUAAACCAACACAUACUUUACCACAUGGGAAAGAAGAUUCUUCAAUCGAAUUACGCUGCCAGUCUAAUGGAAUAUGGAAUAAUCAACUACAUGAAUGCAUUCCAUAUUGUGGUAGAAUAUUGAGUAAUAGCCAUUUAUUGAUGGCUAAUGGUAAGAAAGCACUUGUAGAAACAGCACCUUGGAAUGUUGGAAUAUAUCGAUUAAAUAAAGAUUAUAUUAAUUACGACUUAAUAUGUGGAGGAUCAAUAAUUGCUCCAAAUUUAGUAAUUUCAGCGGCUCAUUGUUUUUGGUACAAAACGAUAUUAUCUAAGAAAAUAUCAAUAAACGAUGAUUACUAUAAAGUGACCGUUGGAAAAUAUGAUAGAAAUCUCACAGUAGUUGACAAUGAUUUUACUCAAACAAUAAAUGUGGAAAUAAUUUACUUAAAUGAAGAUUAUAAUGGACAUAACGGUUUCUAUGCUUAUGAUAUAGCUGUUAUCGUUUUAUCGAAUAUGGUUUCUUUUAGUAAUGUUGUUGCACCUAUUUGUAUUGACUGGAAAGGUAUACACAAUGUACUAAAUGGAGUUGAAGGAAAGAUUGUUGGUUGGGGAACGAAAGAAGAAAACAUUAGUCCCGAAUUAUUAAUAGGAUAUGAUGUAUAUAUUAUCGAUAAAAUGUGUCAAGUCUUAAAAUAUGGAUCAUGGGAAAAUGUACCAGAAAAUUUUAUCACUGAUAAUAAGUUUUGUUCCAACAGUUAUGAUGAAAAACCUUCUGUGAAUUUUAGUGGUGCAGGAUUAACCUUUUAUCACUCUAAUAAUAUGUAUUUAACUGGAGUAACAAGUGUCAUGGAUUCAAACCCAAAUAAAUCACUCCUAAAAGAUUUACCCACAAUUUUUACAAAUGUUUAUCGUUACGUUAAGUGGAUUCGUAAGGUUUAUGAUAAAUAUAGCAGCAAUGAUAUUACAUUUUGCAUUUUACCAACCGUCGAAGGAGUUAUAUAUUCUUAUGAAGGUUCAAAUGAGACUAUAGCCAAGGGAACAAUUAUUGAUCAGAAUCGUACCAUUAUUGAAAACUGUGAUAUUGGUUAUUAUAAAGCUUACCCCAAUGCAUUUAAAUUAUGUCAAAAAAAUGGAAAAUGGAUAACAAGUUCUGAGAAAUUAUGUUUUAAAAUGUGUCCGCCUUUAUUAUCGGAUAGUUUAGAUUUUGAAUGCAGUCUAAAUGGAAAGUUUGCUAAUUGUUCAAAGCUAUCGAUUCCCGAAACAAAAGCUAUACAAUCAUGUAAACCAACACAUAUAUUAUCAAAUGGGCAAGAAGAGACUGCAACUGAAUUACUUUGUCAAUCUAAUGGAACAUGGAGUAAUCAACUAUAUGAAUGCACUCCAUCUUGUGGUAGUGUAUUUACUAAUAGUCAUCCAUUAUCGAACAUCAAUGCUAAAAUAGCUCUGUUUGGAACAGCUCCUUGGAAUGUUGGAAUAUAUCGAUUAAAUGAAGAUAAUAUUAAUUAUGACUUGAUAUGUGGAGGAUCAAUAAUUUCUCCAAAUUUAGUUGUUACAGCGGCUCAUUGCUUUUGGUACUCAGGGAUCUUAUCAAAUAACAUAUCAAUAAACGACGAUUCAUAUAAAGUUGCUAUUAGUAAAUAUGACAGAAAUUUCACAAUUGAUGACAAUAACUUUACCCAAAUAAUAAAUGUGGAAAUCAUUUAUUUAAAUGAAUAUUAUAAUGGAGUAAGUGAUCUCCAUAAUCACGAUAUAGCUGUUAUUGUAUUAUCAAACAGAGUUUCUUUAAGUAGUGGUGUUGCUUUUGUUUGUGUCGAUUGGAAUGCUAAAUACAAUGUAUUGGAUGAAGAUAAAGGAAAAGUUGUUGGUUGGGGAGGCAUUGAUGAAAAUACACGUAGUAAUGUUUUAAUAGAAGCAUCUUUACCGUACAUCAACCAAAAUGUUUGUCAACAUUUUUAUACAGACCGAUUUAAAACAUUUGUCGCUCCAGAUAAGUUUUGUUCCGGUUCUACAUUAGAACAAAAACCUACUGUGGAUUUUAGUGGUGCAGGAAUAACCUUUGUACAUUCAAAUUAUUUUUAUUUAACUGGAGUAACAAGUGUCAAGUAUCCAAACAUAAAUAGUUCUGUAAUAGUUUUUACAGAUAUUUAUCAUCACGUUAAGUGGAUUCGUAAGAUUUAUGAUAAAUAUAGAAGCAAUGAUAUUACAUUUUGCAUUUUACCAACCGUCGAAGGAGUUAUAUAUUCUUAUGAAGGUUCAAAUGAGACUAUAGCCAACGGAACAAUUAUUAAUCACAAUCGUACCAUUAUUGAAAACUGUGAUAUUGGUUAUUAUAAAGCUUACCCCAAUGCAUUUAAAUUAUGUCAAAAAAAUGGAAAAUGGAUAACAAGUUCUGAGAAAUUGUGUUUUAAAAUGUGUCCGCCUUUAUUAUCGGAUAGUUUAGAUUUUGAAUGCAGUCUAAAUGGAAAGUUUGCUAAUUGUUCAAAGCUAUCGAUUCACGAAACAAAAGCUAUACAAUCAUGUAAACCAACACAUAUAUUACCAAAUGGGCACGAAGACACUGCAACUGAAUUACUUUGUCAACCUAAUGGAAUAUGGAAUAAUCAACUAUAUGAAUGCACUCCAUAUUGUGGUAGAGUAUAUAGUGAUAGCCAUUUAUUGAUAGCCAAUGGUAAAAAAGCGCUUGUUGGAGCAGCACCUUGGAAUGUUGGAAUAUAUCGAUUAAAUAAAGAUAAAAUUAAUUACGACUUAAUAUGUGGAGGAUCAAUAAUUGCUCCAAAUUUAGUCAUUUCAGCGGCUCAUUGUUUUUGGGAAAGACAAUUAUUAUCUAAUAUAAUAUCAAUAAACAAUGCUUCAUAUAAAGUGGCUGUUAGUAAAUAUGACAAAAAUUUUACUAUAGUUGACAAUGAAUUUACCCAAAUAAUGAAUGUGGAUAUUAUUUACUUAAAUGAAUAUUAUGAUGGAGUAAAUGAUCUCCAUGAUCACGAUAUAGCUGUCAUUGUGUUAUCAAACAAAGUUUCUUUUAGUAGUGGUGUUACACCUGUUUGUGUCGAUUGGAAUCGUAUAUACAAUGUAUCAACUGGAGUUCACGGAAAGGUUGUUGGUUGGGAAACUACAAAAGAAGACACAUAUAGCCCCGUUUUAUUAGAAUCAUAUGAACCAUAUAUGGACCGUGAUUAUUGUCGAUCUAUAAAAUACCUAAAAUGGGAAAACAUAACAGAAAAUUUUAUCACUGACAACAAGUUUUGUGCCUACAAUUUCGGAAGACGGGUUGUGAACUUUAGAGGGGCAGGAUUCACAUUUGAACACUCUAAUUAUUUUUAUUUAACUGGAGUAACUAGUGUCAUGGAUACAAACCCAAAUAAAUCACUCCUAAAAGAUCUACCCACAAUUUUUACAAAUGUUUAUCGUUACAUUAAGUGGAUUCGUAAGGUCUAUGAUAAAUAUAGAAGCAAUGAUAAUAAAUUUUGCAUUUUACCAACCGUUGAUGGAGUUCUAUAUUCUUACGAUGGUUCAAAUGAGACUAUAACCAACGGAACAACUAUUAUUCAGAAUCGUAUCAUUAAUGAAAACUGUGAUGUUGGAUAUUAUAAGGCUUACCCCAAUGCUUUUAAGUUCUGUCUGAAAAAUGGAAAAUGGAUAACAACUUCUGAGAAAUUAUGUUUUAAAAUGUGUCCGCCUUUAUUAUCGGAUAGUUUAGAUUUUGAAUGCAGUCUAAAUGGCAAGUUUGCUAAUUGUUCAAAUCCAUCGAUUCCCGAAACAAAAGCUAUACAAUCAUGUAAACCAACACAUAUAUUACCAAAUGGGCACGAAGACACUGCAACUGAAUUACUUUGUCAACCUAAUGGAAUGUGGAAUAAUCAACUAUAUGAAUGCACUCCAUAUUGUGGUAGAGUAUAUAGUAAUAGUCAUUUAUUGAUGGCCAAUGGUAAGAAAGCACUUUUUGGAACAGCACCUUGGAAUGUUGGAAUAUAUCAAUUAAAUAAUGAUAAAAUGAAUUACGACUUAAUAUGUGGAGGAUCAAUAAUUGCUCCAAAUUUAGUCAUUUCAGCGGCUCAUUGUUUUUGGUACAAAGGGAUCUUAUCGAAUAAUAUAUCAAUAAACAGAGAUUCAUAUAAAGUUGCCGUUGGUAAAUAUGACAUAAAUUUUACAAUAGUUGACAAUGACUUUACUCAAAUAAUUAAUGUUGCAACUGUUUACUUACAUGAAGAUUAUAAUGGGGCUAGAGAUCUCCACGCUAAUGAUAUAGCUGUUAUUGUGUUAUCAAACAGACUUUCUUUUAGUAGUGUUGUUGCACCUGUAUGUGUUGAUUGGAAUAGUAUUUACAAUGUAUUGAAUGGAGUUGAAGGAAAGAUUGUUGGCUGGGGAAGAACGGAAAAGGGUACAUCAAGUCCCAUUUUAUUAGAAACAUAUUUACCUUACAUCGAUCGUAAAUCUUGUCGAGUUAUACUGAAAAAUGGACAAUUUUAUUGGUUUGUGACUGCUGAUAAGUUUUGUGCUGGUUUUCCUUUGGUUUCAGGACGAGAAAUGGGCGAGGGAGAUAGCGGUGAAGGCUUAACCUUCAUACACUCCGAGUUUUAUUAUUUAACCGGUGUAUUGAGUCUCAAGGAAAAAUCCUCAAAUAAUUCAAUAGCAGUUUUUACAGACAUUAAGUACCAUGUUGAAUGGAUUCGUAAACUAUUUAAUAAAUAUAACUUUGUCUAAUAAUAUAAUGGUAAUGGCAUAUAAAUAAUUUAUUUUUUUUAUAAUAAAAAUGAACAUUCAUAUAUAAACAUUGUUUUUAUUAUUGUGUAUACGUAAUUAAAUAUUCCUGAAAUUGUUCUUUUAAAUUAAAUUUUAUAAUUAUGACAUAGAAUUCAUACAUAUUUAAAGCUAUUUAAAUUUUAUUUACUCAUUUUGCAUUUUAUACUUUAAUGAUUAAAAAUUAUUAUUAUCGUAUUGUCAUAUUAAUUAAAUAAUUAUUUUGUA